AGCCCUAUUCGUUACAGGCUGGAGAAUGGGUGGGUAAGAAAUUAGCUAAAGCUUUCAAUUUUACCCUCACCAUUAUCCUUUCUUUCUCGCGUCUGAAAUAUUUUCCUUUCUUUUUCAUGCUUCUUCUUUCCACUGCAAUAUCAACAAAUUCCCAAUUUAUCAAUUUAAACCUUUUUUUAAUCCCAUUUCCUCUGAACUGAAUCUUCAUUUUCUCUUCUUCUUCAACUUUUUCUCUCUUCAAUAUAUUGCCAUCCCACUUGCAGCUAAGUAGAAUCUUUCCUUCACUAAACAACUUUUCCUUUGAAACCUAAAAAUCCCUUCUUCUUCUUCUUCUUUUUUUUUUUUGCUUCAAUAAGUUUCGAUCUCUUUUUGUUUUUUAAAUUAUUGAUUUAUUCUUAUUGAUAAAAAUGGCACUUGAAUACUCAAUUUUCAGCCGACCCACUUUCAUUUAUUCAACAAAUUCCUCAUCUUUCAUUUUUUUUAAUCGAAAAUUGAAGAACGAAUCAAAGUUUUUACCCAAAUCCAAUCACUACCCAGCUCCUGUCUGUUCAAAUCCCCAAGCUUUGAAAGCUUUUGGAUUCCCCAAAAAUGGUAGUUUUGGUCACGUGGGAUCAUUGAGGGAAGAAAAUGAAGAUGUAGGGAAUGAUCAAAAAAUGGUUUUGAUGAAAAGGGGUAUUUUGGUGGCAAUGGUUUGUGGUUUAUUGGUGUUUGGAUGCAAAAGAGUUUUUGCUGUAGAUGGAGUGGAAAGAAAGUGUUUAAGGAACAAAGUCUGGUUUUGACAGCUCUUUUGGGUCUUUCAGCUUUCUUCUCGAUGGCAGAAACUGCUAUAACUACAUUAUGGCCUUGGAAGCAAUUGCUGCAAGAGGAGGGAUGGAGGCUUUGAGGUCUGCUUUACAGAGGUUAUACAUGACAAGGGCUUCCGCAUAUAGAGAUGCUCUUAAGAGUUUCAUAGAAGGAUAUCAAGAAGGUAUCCAGCAGAUCAUGGAUAAAAAGGAAGAUUCUUCUAAAGCACAUCAAGAAGGCAAUACUGAUAAAAAUUCAACUUGGCUGAUAAGUGCAUAAUCGGAGAUGCAUGUGAGUACUUCUCCAGCAUACCUAUUGUAGAUACAAGUUUAAAGAUUUGGUGGAGCUGAGUUGCUAUGAAAUCAUAAGAAUGAUACAUGUCCUGAGAAUUUUCCUGUAUUGAGAAAGUGACCUUUAGAAACUACAAAAUAAUGGGAAUCUCCAUUGACAAUGGUGAUGCUCUUUCCUUCUUGUAAUUUGAUGUUUAUUAAUUUUUGUUGUAGUUUAAUAUUCAACGUGCUUGAGCCUGGAGAAAUGUAAAAGAACCUUAAUGCUUUAUGUCUUUGUUAAGUGCAACUGAAGAAUUAUUUAGA